AUGUAUGUUGCAGGAAGACCAGCAGUAACGGGAUCAGAAGAAGAUGAAGAGCUAGAAAAACAAUUAAAGCUUCUAAACAAGCCUGCUUCAAAGACUAUCAAGACUGAACAUGGUGAUAUUAUUGAUUGUGUCGAUAUAUAUAAACAACCCUCGUUAGAUCACCCUGCACUCAAGAACCAUACCAUACAGAUGGAGCCUAGUGCUUUUCCUGAAGAAUUGAGAGGUCAGGGAACCCCAUUAGCAUCAUCUAACUUAAUGGAGGUCAAACCAAGAAGACUAACUUGUCCAAGAGGAACCGUUCCCAUUCCAAGGAUUCAGAAGGAAGAUCUUAUCAGGAUUAGGUCUUUGCCAAAAACAACUGAGGCAAAUACUUAUAAUCCAAGUGAUAACGACAUCCAUGUAACUCAUGUAGAUGCGAACAGCCAAACAGGUUGCUACAAUAAUUAUUGCCCAGGAUUCGUUCAAGUAGGCUCGAUUCCGCUUAAUCAGGUUCUGGAACCUAAUCAUGGUGAUUUCCAAUAUACGUUAGAUUUAGUGGUGUUUAAAGAUACAAUGACUAAAAAUUGGUGGUUGGCUGUAUCAAAAUCAAGGAGCGUGGUGGGUUAUUGGCCUGCAAAUCUGUUCAACCUUUUGAAGGAUAAUGCUAAAUCCGUUGUUUGGGGGGGAGCUACCUAUAGUCCUGGAAAUGAGACUGGUUUGGAAAUGGGAAGUGGCCAAUUCUUGCCAAAUCAAGAGUCUAAAACUAGUUAUGCCGGGGACCUGAUGGUUGUCGAUGGAUGGAACCGUUACAGGGAGCUGAAUAAUUAUAAAAUCGAUACGUAUGCAGACAAACCAGAUUGUUAUGCUGUUGAUUAUAGAGGGUCUAUAGGUGAACCAUUAGGAUAUAAUGUCUUAUUUGGAGGACCUGGUGGGUUGAAAUGUGGAAAAUAA